CGCCGAGUGGAAGCAAAAGUCCUGCCAGAAGCGGAAAACGGUUCGUAACUUGCCCCAGUGAUGUGCAGUGCUUUGUGUGUGGUUUUCCUCAUUCCUGCGCGUUCCGCACCUUUCUAGCCCAUCGGGUCGGCAGAAAGUGGGUGGCGAACGGUACAGCAGGAGAAACGCUUUUCUGGGACAGCGGGAUAUAGCUCUCAGCCGGUGAUGCUGCUGCUGCUGCUGCUGACUCUGCUGUAGUGUGGAGUGUAGUGGAGUAGGUCAACCUUGUGUUGUCCUUUUCGUGUGCUACUCUGACUGAGCAGCUGUGCCGUAAGCGAAAAAAAUGUGAGGGGUAGAAAGAAUGUGGAGUACAUACACUCGUUUUGCGCACACAUACAAACGCGGAAAUGUGAAGCCUGGAACCGUGGAGUUAUGACAACAUUUUAAAGCGUUGGGCAUUUAAUCAGGGUAGGGAGGAAACCUGUCGAAAAUUUGACAAGACGGCAAUGAUGUGGGAAAACAAUCAGUAUGAGAUUUGGGUUUUCCGCUGUUGUGUUUUGAAGAAUACUUCAACCUGAAAAUAUUGAAACGGGAAGUAAUAUUAUGUAUAUGAAGUGUUAUUUGUGUUUGUAAAUAAAAAAAUAUAUGCCAAGAUUCAUCGGCUAGAACUUUACUGAAUUUGAAAUAUGAUAUGCUGUGUUUAUAUCGGGAAUAGUAGCAAUGAUCGGCACGGUAAUCAGCAUUAGUAGUGGAAGUGCUGUGUGUGUGUACGUUUGCGUAAUCUUCUGCCGCAGUUCUGUUGCAUAGUAUUGAGUAAACAGUGAAUGACCACAUCAUAAGGAGUGGAAUCUGGAAUAGCUGAGCUGUUACGGAUCUGGAACAAUACAUCCAAAGUACAGUCGUCUCGGAUUCGAGUAAGCCAUAACCGACACCACCAGAGGACAUCGAUUCGGCUACUGCGGACCAGAAUUCCGUCAUCGUCUGCGCUGGGUUUAUAAUUAAAAGUACCUGGCAGCCGAUUUGGAACUAUAACCGUACAGCUUGGGUGGUGGAAGUAUGAUAUCACUUGCGUGUGAGUUCGCAAUCAUUCACCGUUGGGAAUCUGAAAUGUCCCUGCUGAGCUGUUCAAAACUGCACCUACUUCCGCUUGCCGCUGGUGCGAGAAAGAUAAACGUGAUUCGUUAAACCUGUUCGUUGCGGGAGCGGUGGAAUUGCUGCAAUCGAAUACCGUUGAAAUAAAGAGAGCGGAAAGCACCAGGAGCUCAGGAGGGUCAACAGCGAAGACAAGUGAUAUUCUGGGGCAAUCGGUGUCGACGCUAAUGAUCAGUAUCCGUGACCACGAGAGUAACGACGAUAGCGCGGAAAUUUUGUCCGAACGACGACAACAAUGAAAGUGCUGGUGUUUACAGUGUCAACAGUGAAAAAUAUUACCACCCAUUGGAAGUUGACAACGAGACGCAGCGAGUAUAGCUAUUGUCACCACAAUCAGGGUGAUUCUCGCCGAAGUGUUCGAGACAUGCAAUGAUAUCAACGCUGACAGAAACUGGAAUCAAAAUAAUAAUAGUGGUUUUGAUGGGCGUUUGAGACCACCCUUCCGUUUAAACGAAGUGAAGUGAAAAUGACAAAAAGUGAUAGUUGUAAUUAAAUUACCCAUACAGUUAGAAUUAGAAGCACAGUGAAUUUCUAAGAAAGGCACGUAUGUACUUGUGUACACUGCAGAAAGGGUCGAAUGACCGGCAACAAACCAAGGAUGACCACAUUCUGCAGAGCCGUACCGGAGUUGAGGUUGACCGGCUUCCUAUCGAUGUAAUAAGUUCGCAUUGAUGGCGCUCAGAGUGAUGCUUGCCGGAGUAGAGAUGGUUCAGUCACCCGUGACCGUUUCCACACUGGACCCACUGGUUCAACUGCAGCAAUACCCGAAUCCAUCGGGAGGCAAUAUCUGGAACGGGACAUCAUUCUCUGAGCUGACUACGGCCGCAUCGGGAUUAGCAAAUGAGACAACCGCACUGUCGUCGGGCGACCGAUUCGCGGAGGUGGCUAUUUUGUGUUUAAAAAGUUUAAUCUUCGGAUCAAUCAUCAUCGGGGCUGUGCUUGGGAAUGCACUCGUUAUCAUUUCGGUGCACAAAAAUAGGAAACUAAGAGUAAUUACAAAUUAUUUCGUUGUAUCGUUAGCAAUGGCAGACAUGCUGGUGGCACUUUGUGCCAUGACUUUCAACGCGUCCGUCGAACUGUCCGGCAGAUGGCUGUUCGGACCGUUUAUGUGCGACGUUUGGAACAGUCUGGAUGUAUACUUCUCGACCGCUAGUAUACUGCAUCUAUGCUGCAUUUCCGUUGACAGGUACUUCGCAAUCGUGCGACCCCUCGAGUACCCGUUAUACAUGACACAGCGGACGGUCGGCUUCAUGCUGGCAAACGUUUGGAUGCUGCCGGCGUUGAUAUCCUUCACACCCAUCUUCCUCGGCUGGUACACCACCGCCGAACAUCUAGAAACGCUCAAGGACAACCCGGAACUGUGCAUCUUUGUGGUGAACAAGUCCUACGCGCUCAUCUCUAGCUCAAUCAGCUUCUGGAUUCCGGGUAUCGUCAUGGUGACGAUGUACUAUAGGAUAUACAAGGAAGCCGUUCGUCAGCGGAAGGCCUUGAGUCGCACCAGCUCCAACAUCCUAUUGAACAGUGUCCAGAUCAACAACUCCAACACACUGCACGCGAAUUACCACCGAAAUCACCAUUUGCGUGCUAGUGAUUGUGAUCUUGGGAUCGACAUGAAAGACAUUCAGCACGACACCCACAGUGAGCUGAGCGAUUUAGACAUUCCCGUGGUGCCAACAAUCGUGAACAUCGAUGACGAUCUGCUAGUUCCGUCGUCCCCACCGCGUCGUUUGAGCCGAAGUAGUAUCGAUUUGCGUGAUCUGGAGUACAAGAACGAAACGGGCAAAAUCAAGGGAUCGGAUUCGGCGAGUUCGAUCUUUCCGCUAAACUUCGAGAACAAUCUUCGCUACUCGGGCAGUGAACCGAUUCAGGUGAAGGAAAAUCAACAGCGGCGACCGUCGAGGAAGGAGAGCUUCAAGCAAAUCAAUUUCUUUCAGCCAUUUUUCUCGAAAAACAGUUUGCUCAAAUCCUAUAUCAAGAGUGGCAGCAAUGCCGGUAGCAAUCUAAACAAUAGCAAUAAGCGGGAUGGUUCGAGUAGCAAUAAUAAACGAACAGCUUCGGAGAAGAAGUUGAACCACAAAAACAUUGACAAUCGUUCAAACAACAAUAUUAUAGACCUUAUCAAUGUGACGUCGUCCCUGAACAAGUCCAGUGGAAUGAUUGAUCAGGAAGUCAAUACGCACAAGAGACACCAAAUGGCAGCUAGCGAGUCCGACUUCCUAACUAUGAUUCAGAAGCAAAGGUCGUUGCGGUUGGGACUGGCGAAAAACAAUUCCAGUCUGAAGAAGAGCAGUAAUAAGGAAGGAUCGAGGGACGAUCAAUUGAUCUAUGCACUCAGUGAUUCUGAUUUCAAUACUGUUUUCCAAGGUGAUGAGGCCAUAAUGAAGUGUAUCAAAAAUUUGAAAGCAUGUGCAAAUCAACGAGAUGGAAUUUUCAAAAUAGUGUUGAAUGGCGACGGUGGUGGAAAUAUUUCUACAACCGCCGGCGGCAUCAAUGAAACCCCAGACAUUCUAAUCGGUUGUUUCGAUCAUGGGUUCAACGGAACGACUCCCAAGGAAGGCCGGGGAGAAGAAAACUCGUUAGCAAAAGCAUCCAAUCUUAAAGUUGUGAAUAGUAAUAGUAGCACAGUGAAUCAAACUAGCACAGUAAAUGAAAAUAAUUUAAACCAAGAUGAAAGCAAUUAUGUGAUAGAUCUAAUAUCAACGCUAUCAUCGGCCGGUUCACCGCCACACUCUGCCGGGCUGUUACCGGAGGCCAUUGUGCGUGAAAACGAGCGAUUCAAAUCGCUCGAUAAGCCGGAUAGCAAGAUGGAUAACUUGAAGCCACAGACACUGCUCUCGGACACUGGAAGUCCCAUCAAUGCUCUUAGUGAUACCUCUACCAUAUCAUUGGAUCUGGUAGCGAUGAGCCCAAGCACAAAACUGCAAGUUCCUACCAAUGCAGCAGCUCCCAGUGAAGAAUGUAUCAAUCCGGUGGAUCCGCUGUCCGUCAACAAUCCGGAUAUCAUCAUCGAGAACAUCCGGAAUGAUAACAUGAACAAUCAGCAGCAGCAGCAGCAGCAGAUAUCAACCGCCACUUCUUCAACAGCCGCGUUGCCACCGUCAAUAAUGACCACAUCGCCGGUUCAUCCGGCCGGUCUGCAGCGAAAACGACAAUCGUCCACCGUAACGUACAACAUCAACGUGAUUAACUUUAGCGAUAAUCCUGACGAUGACCAGAGCAGCUAUCAGAUGAACAAUCGCAGCGUAGGCGGUGGUGGUGGUGGUGGUGCGGGGCACGGCCCGGGAGCCGGGGCCAGAUCCAACAGCUCUACGAAUUCGAGCCAAAAGUAUACCCGCCGGGGCGCCAUUUGCAUCGUCAUCAAUAACGACAACGUGAUCCAUGCCAACGACACGGACACGGACUUCGACGACCAUGACGACAUCCGGGCCGGUCAGAGUCGCGGGGGGCCAGACGGUGGGCAUGAUUGUUCGCAACGUCACUGCUGUUCCCAGGGGUACCACGAUGAUGGGUCCGGUGCGGCCAACUGUCGCCACAAUAAAUUCCGCAAGAUCAAAUGCUUGUGGAACCAUGUCAAGCGGUACGGGUUCCGGCGGGGUCCUCAGCGGCGCCGUAAUGAGCCUUGCGAUGGCGGGAGUGCUGCAGGAUCGAAAGGAGGCACCGAUGUCGAAACCUGCAUGGACCGAUUGACCGUCCCAGGUGCCGACAUUAGUGGUAGUCGUUGUGGCAGUGUUGGUUAUGGGGAAGGUGGAGCUUCCACCCGUCCGGCAAAGGGCUGGAGAGCAGAGCAUAAAGCAGCAAGGACACUUGGAAUUAUCAUGGGAGUUUUUCUGCUUUGCUGGUUGCCCUUCUUUUUGUGGUACGUCAUCACAACGCUGUGCGGCGAAGAGUCCUGCCCCUGUCCGGACGUGGUCAUCACGCUGCUCUUCUGGAUCGGUUACUUCAAUUCGACGCUGAAUCCGCUUAUCUACGCGUACUUCAACCGGGACUUUCGGGAAGCGUUCCGGAACACACUGCAAUCGCUGUUGCCGUGCUGCAUCAAAAAGAGCCCGUACGGUGGCUACAACGCUUACUAUGUGUAGUAAUAAGCCCGCUAGGAUAGUUGGUGAGCUAGCGCACCUGGGUGUUUGUGCGGGCUUAGCCUUCUGGUAAACGAGAUUUGUUAGGACGAGUUUCGUGCUGUACCUUUCCCGGGGAUUAGCACAUGUACUGGAACUGGAAACAAUUGCGCUUGCAGAGGGGUUCGGUUUGGUGUUUUCAAGCGUGCAAGUAUUUUAUUCACUGCAAGAUGGUCCUCGUGCUAUAUUACGGGACCGAAAGCGGGAUAAGCUUUAAUUUUGCCAUUCAAUUUAUUUCCUAUUGUUUUGAUAGAAUUCGACUCUGUGAUAACACAAUAUUGGUGGAAUUAUUUUCAAAUAGAACAGUGAGCGACAGCAAUGUUGUUGCCAAUAUUCCCCACGGAAAUUGUUACAAUUAGAGCUUUUGGUGGUAAGCUUAUAUCGAAUCGUAAAGUUCUCACACACAAAUAAUCAUUCCAAUGUCUUCGGUUGAACUCAUCGACAUCCGCCGUAUUUUUUAUUCUGAUCGACCCGCUUCUGCAAUCCACUUGAAAGGAUACAAUCCCGCUCUAAAGUGUGUACAUUUCCACGACGAGGAACUAACCUUGGCAGGUCGAAGCAUUGUUGAGUUUAUGCUGAUUGAAAACGUGCUCCUUGAUGAUGUACCUUGGCCAGCGAAACACAAAGCGAACUUGAGUCUUUGUUUCUCUCGCCGAGAGGGCUGCGCUUGAUGCUGCGUCAAUAUAGACAGAACCCGGCAUGCAGCCUGUUGACCGAUUCGAGCACAUUCAUUUCUGUGUGUAAACUAUGAUCCGGAAAUCCUUUUUUUUCUGUUAUUUUGCACAAUUCUGGAUAGGUAAAAAGGGUGAUGGUACUUCGCAACCAACUAAAAAAAAAACAAAUUAAUUAAGGGCGCGUUUCAAUGGAAUCUUUCAUUAAUUAUACAUUUCAUUGAAUCGUCAUUUGGUUCGCAUCUUUGGUUGAUUGCUUGCCUUUUUUAAUGACGGAUUGUAAACACAAAAAACUAGUUAUGCCAUCAUGAGUUUUCAUUUCUUUAUGUUACAUCCCCAUUUUUUUUAAAUGUGUAAAUGAUUUACCAUCAUUAUACAAUCGUCAUAUUCACUAGUUUGGCAGCAUACAUCAGCUCCUCGCAGGGAUACCAGAUGUUUUAUUCGGCUUGGUAGAAUAUAUAUGGAAGAAAACGAUUAUAUCAUCAAUUUUAAUAGUGACGUAAUAAAUAAAUUUAACUCACAAGUACUGCAUAAUCAAACGAGCUUCAUAACAACUUGAAUAAUUGCACUCGUUUUGUAUUAUAGCGACUUUGCACCUUUCAUAGCAUCCAAAUUCAUGCCACAGGUUAGUCCGGUAGUCGGGUUGUGUUCGAUGAAAGGCAACUAUCUUCUCCUGGGGCAUUCGCAAAUGAACAGUACUGGGAAAAAAUAAAAUACACACUUGGCGUGACAACGCAGUAUAUGUCAUAAUAUUCUCAUUUUGACCGACAUAUCUGCGGUAUGUACGGGAAAAUUUCAACAUUCAGUGCAAUAAAUACUGAGGCCGAAAAGUCGUUUAAAAUUGCCAUUUUUUAUCAGAUAGGUUUUAUCUGGAAGUCGGUAUUUUUUAUGACACAAAAUAAAUCAUGCACGUUUUAAAUAUCGUAUUUCCCCAUGACAUGAUCAAAAUCAUUGACCAUAUUAUGUUAACACUGCAUUCAUUAAUAGCGCAGAUGUGACGUUUUGAUGUGGAUCACAUCUUUAUUUGCUAUAUAGGGGUGUAAAUUGGAAACUCAAGAAAAAAUACACGUAGAAAUGUGAUCAGGUUUUAAACACUUACAGCUCAGUAUAUUUUGUAUCAAUUAUUAACAUUAUUUCAUUAUUUCAUUGGAAAUAUUUCUAAGAUUCGAUUUGAAUGUAUCAAGCCACGUAUUUUCAAUUAUAAAUGAUUGAAAUUUAGAUUAGUAGCGAGCAGUGUCCUAUUUUGUCUGCUAAACAUCUACGGAAUAUCGGUUUUCCCUGCCAUAGACGACGGUUUUGAAGGAGUAAGCGAUAUAUCAAAGGGAAAACAUCGCUCUGAUUGGUCAAUCGAUGCAAAAGCGAAGCUGUUGGAAGCACGCGAAUCUAUAAAUAGAAGCGAAAUUAUUGCUAACGUUUCAGUCCUACGCGUAGCAUGCUAGAGGUACACGCUUAAAAAUAGUUACUCAAAAAUGAGUAAGAUCUCACUCAUCUACAGAAAAAGUGGAACAACUCUAAUUUAGAGUAACUCCGAAGUUACUCAAAUUUGAGUUCUUCCACUGGAAACGAUAUUUGGGUAAAAUCUACUCAUUUACUGAGUAAUACUUUAUUUGUACUUGUACCAAAAAUAGAGUAACUAUCACUCAAAUUUUGAGUGAAAUUUUAUUUCACAUAUACCAAAUUUGCAAAAAAAUUGCUCCUUUUCUGAGUGUAUUGUAUUAAAAUAUUAAUGCCGUUUUUCAUUGAAAAACACUGGUAACGUGGAUUGCUCUGGUUUUGCACUUUCGAGCAGAAAUGCAAUAUUCUGACGGUGUUUCAUUGCGAUUUCUGCUCGAAAGUGCAAAACCAGAGCAAUCCACGCCACCAGUGUUUUUCAAUGAAAAACGACAUAAGUAAUUGAACUCAAUACUAUAUCAAGUGGUGGUUGCUUGGAGUAGUGUGUCAAUCGCAAAUUAACAUACAUGUCAGUUAUGCUCAGGCACCAAUCAUACACUUAUUCCUCAUAAAUGACAUUUGAGCAUAUUCGGUUUCAUUCUAAAGCACAACACGGAGUUUAUCAUUCCGAUUUUUGCAGACACAACACCGUUUAUGUUGAGCGACUCACCCUCGAAAUACGCGAUCUCACUAACAAAAUAUACAACCUGUUGCUACAAAUGGUUAUUACAACUUUUAGACUGAUCUUGCGAAUAGUAACAAAAAAACGAGUUAUUGCGUUAAACUCAAAUUUAGAGUAGGAAUUACUCAAUAUCAUUGAUGAUAACUACUCAAUUUUUGACGUUUCCAUGUAUCAUUUGAAAAUGAGUAACUAGUACUCAAACUUUGAGUAACUUUUUCUAAGCGUGUAGGUUGUUGCUAGACAGCAAGACAAAAAGUGCCAUAAAACGAUUUGAAGCUUUAAUUGGUAUGCUCUGAUCUUGUGUCAUGCAACCCAGGGUAAAUUUUGAGUGCUUAAGACUAUCCAGGGGUAAAUUUUGAGUGCUUAAGAUUAAUUUCUAAUUUAUAUAAGAUGAACUCGAUUGAUAAUGAGAAAAAGUUUAUCGCUCCAACCGCAAUCGCAGAAUGGUAGAGAAACUUAACGCUAUAAAAAUAACUGCUUGCAUACAAAACUUGAACACAAGCUUGACCAAGAGAAGCUUAAAUACUGAUAUCCAUAUCGGAAGUAUGUACAAAGAUAUAAUUGCAUACAUUUGAGAUAUUGGUGUAAUUUCGUCGGCUAUAAAACAAACAAUGUUAUGUGUUGGUUCCUAAUCAAGAUCAAUCUAAGCAGACUCUCGUGCAAUUGCGGAUUCAAAAGUGUGACGAUUGAUUGAACUGUUUGAUUGUAGAUCAUUAGACAUUUUGGAUGUCAUUGCCUUAUCAAUGGCUCGAACAACCCCAUGGGGCUGAUCCUUGUAGUUUCUAUUUAUUUAUUUAUUUAUUCUGAUGGUGAACAACAAGCAACAAGGCAAUUGCAGAGGAGAGUGUUCGGUUACCGGCACCUUUUUCUUCUAAGCUUAUAACUUCUGACUAAGUGCACAUUAUGCAGACAUCUAUACAUCAAUGGAAAGCUAAAGUCCCUAACUAACAACUGAACAAGAAACUAAGUUGAUUCAAUCGAUUGAAAAACAAAAUUUAUUAUCAAUUUAGUAAAGUGAUAAAUUUUGGCCAAUUCAAAAAAGGUGUUCGCUAAAAAUGGAUAAAUAUAAGUAAAGACUGCAAUUUUUGAAAGAAAAACGUAAUUUAUUCCUUUCGGAUUGUGUAUUGAAUCAAAGUCUUCAUUGUCUGAUGAUAAUUUCGCAUUGGCUCUCUUGGCCGAUGAUUUGGAUGGUGGCGCCUUUGGUGUUGAUUUGGCCGGUCUUCCACCGGCUUCGCAGAAUUAAAUACAUUGCUGCAGUCGAAUUUAUUGGCUUCUUAUCCACUAAGCAACGUUUAAUGAUAUUAAACAGUGCAUUAAAGUUAUUUUUUCUUGAUUUGGACGAUUUGUUUGAAGUCGCCAUGGCUAACAGAACCAGAGAACCAAAGUUUUUACUUAUAUGACGGAUGUAUUGAAGCCUUCAAAUUGUCCAGAGAUGCCAGGUAAUAUAAUAAGUUUAGUUAGCAAAAAGAAAAGAUCGCGCCAAUUUUCACAAGUCUGUAAUUUCUGACGAAUGUUUGCAAACAAUCGAAGUUUCAAAAGCCUGUAAAAGUCCUUAGACGAAAAAAAGGUUUACAUGUUAACUAAGAAAUUGGAUAAUUUACAGUCAAAGUUGCAGACUUGCCAUCUCUGCAUAUAACUGACAAUUUUUCGCGAUUUGUCGAAAAAAAUUGGAUGCCGGCAACCAAACACCUUGGGGUGCCGGUAACCGAAAUCGGUAGACAUUUCUAAAAUGACGAAAAUAAACUUUGGUUGCGAAAAUUUUGAUAGCAUCUGGUAUUAAAUCACUCACCUUUUCGAUUGAUGCUUUUCAAUUUGUGAUACUAUAAAAACUCAUACAUUUGUGUUGAUUUUCAUAAAAACUCAAACAUUUGUGUUGAUUUUCACGCAAAUUAUAAUUGUGAGUUUUGAGCGCAACAAAGAGUACAAGCGUCUGUUUGCUUCGGUAUUCGGCACAAAAAGAACGUGCUGCUAUUAGACACACACAUGACAUUUGUCGGAAUGACGGUCUCUGCUUUCUGUCAAAAGUUACGGUGGGGUGCCGGCAACCGAACAUCUUCCCCUACAUAUAUUGAACGGACUUUUUUCAAUUUCAAGUUCAAUUGGAAUCAUAACAAUGUACAGUGGGGAAAAAAUGAUAAAAAACGCACUUUUACUCAACUACAUCAUAAAAAUGUUUGUAAAUAUUUUAAAAGCUAGUUUUUCCUAUAGAAAAAUGACCGCAGAAUCGAUUGAUUAUAAUUAGAAUAGCCGCGUGAUUCGCUAUCGUGCUCGUUUUGCCCCCAAUUCCUCUUUUUUCUUACCUUACUUUGAAAAACCGACAGUAAAACUCUGAAAAAAAAAUGAAUUCGAAUAAUCAAAACGUACCUCUGACAUUUUCAUAGGUUCUAUAAAUGGAUUGCUGGUAAUCAGAACGACCGCAAAUAAUUGCAUUCUGUUUUACACCAAAUCUUUUUCUUCCAUAAGUUUACACAAAAAACAGUUUAGUGAUCGGUGUUUGGUCAAAUUAUGGUAAACCAAGACAACUGUCUAUGUUACGCAUAUAAACCACAAAUUAAUAACCGGACAGUUUCCAUAAUUCCAUGAAUCGUGCAACAUCGGUUUACCCUAAUUUUCCCUAAAACUUAAUUUUAAGUUAAAAUUCUGCUUUAGAAUCCUGAAGCAGACUCAAUCCUACUUGUCAAUAGUGACCCGUAUUACGCAGAAAACGUCAGUUAUCCAAGUACACAAGGAUGGCUUUUAACGUAUCAAAGAACGCUCACUAGCAACUUUUCACACGACUCACUCAGUGCCAUCAAAGAGAGACGGAUAUCAUCGCAGCAACAAAAAUGGUUCAUUUAACAUAGAAUAGACACCAGUGCGAGAGCGAAUUUUUCUCGAUGACCUGUCUGAGAAUCAAAGGUUAGCUCGCUGCUGUGAGGAUUCUCUCUGAGGCAACAAACGGUCGCUUAUUCUCGUUUCGCGAUCCGAUUCUAUAUGGGCAGUUGAUAAUUACGAUAGAAUCAUUUUACUAUUGCCGCUUAUUCUAAUUAUGUGCAUACAACCUUUGUAUAAGUUGUGUUUAUGAAAAUGCAUGUGAAUGCUCCACACAAGGGUUUUGAAUUAUUGCAACCUAGUAUGAGAAUCAUCAAGUCGAAUCAUCGAUUUGAUUUUCUGCGAUAAUUGUCAACUUGCGAUUCUCUCUUGGUAAAUUCCACACAGCACCAACCAUUGUCAGACUGUUUUUUUAGGGGCUAUGAAGUAUUCAGAGUAUGAAGUGGAGAGAAAAAAAGUAGACAAAUUCUCUCACGGUUCAUGCAUUGAGAGACACGAGUUCUUGUAGCAUCUUCUACCGGAUUGAAAAUGUUGUAUACAAUAUAGAUGAAUAUCGAGCAGCUUCUGCCAAAUUAUCAGCAAUCACCGACACUGCAAGUACAUACAAUGGGAAUGGCAGUACUAGCUUGUUCAACCCGUUUUAUCUCAAUUAAUUUCAUAAAUCGUAUCAUUAGUUAAACUUCCUUUAGCAUUCCGAAAGGAGGCUGAUUGAAAUCGAUUGAUAUUACGUAGAAAGCCCAAAAAAGAAGAUAAUAAAUAAAUUCAAUGACCGCACGAAUCAUGUAAUGACGUUUUACUCCAGAUUAUUUGUUUCAUCAGCUGUGCACAGAGAUGCCAGAUAUUUCCAUAGAAAAUAUGUAUCUGCUCUAUCUGUUUUCACUAAUAAUCAGAAUCAGUUCAAAUCGGUUUAAAAUUUUAAUAUAAAUGUUUAUCAGUGUUCAUCAUCAAAUAUUUGCCCAAAGAAUUUCCAUUUUAACAUGUGAUUUGUCCGUUUAUUAUUAAACUUUUAAAGAAUUACUGCAAUCGAAUACUAACAGAUACUCACCGAGAAGAGUCCAACUUUUUACUUUUCACUGUUUAUGAACCUUUACAAAUCUGUAUUGAAUUUAGAAAAUCUGUAUAAAUUCUGUAAUCUGAUUUCAAUCAGUAGCGAACGCAAAAAACUAUACAAUAUAGAUAAAUCUGUAUAAAUGGCCUCUCUGGCUCUGCAUUUUGUUUUUAGAAGGGCUAAUGCCUAAAUAGUAACAAUUCCUUUUUUUGUUUUUUUUAGCUCACCAAAUUACCUUUACAGUAAAGUUUUAAAUUUAACACGAAAGGAAACGAAAACGAUCCAAAAAAUUUUAAACGUCGAAAUGAUUCCAAACUGUUUCUAAAAAUAUCGUGUGUUGUCUCAUGGUUGGCAUUAGGCCUUUAAUAAGGAAAAUUCUGACCUUUUGAACCUGAGAGUGUAAUAGUGCAAUAUUUUGGUUUUGAUUGCUGUCGCCAUUGCUAAUUUAUGGGAUGAAUGAAGGACCAACGAUGGGAUGAAUUUAAAACUUUUGAGAUGAAAUUAGGAGCAGAGUAGUAAACAUAUCAGAAGUGUUUUAGCUGAUUUUUUAAUAUUUUUUUUAAUUUCCAAGGAAUGUUUAUCAAUUCUAAAUGUGGAGCAAGCCGAAUUAAGCAGAAAUAUGAAAAAAUCGUAGUUAUUUUAGUGGCUAAAUCAGGCAUUUCAGGUAACGUGCCUACAAGUAAGAUGAAAUAUGGAGCCCUUACCCUAUCUGUAUCUCAUUUCGCUUCGUUUCUAAUGAACAUUUGCACUUUGUUCUUGACGCUGCAAACCUCUGGAGUCAACUCCCUUGGCACAUUUGGUGCACAUUUUGGUAAUCUUAGUCGCGUCCCGAGCCGUUUUGUCACUUUUCGUAAGCUUAUUGCCCAUAAUAUCAUGAUGUGGCGUGCAGUUAGGUGGAUUUAUGUUUUAUCGGUGAGAUCUACGAUAUUAUCGCGGUACCACUAGAUGACUUCCCGAUUGUAGUGGCAACUCGCCAAAUCUAGCCAAAAGUUCACGGGACCUUUAUGGGCUUUAAUGACAUGUAGUAUGCGGUUUUUGAGACAUUCUUCCUUGUAAUACUUCGAGUCCAUCGUCUUAUUCGUCACUAACACUUUUGUCUUUGCUCAGCAGCUGCAUGUCCCUUGCCAAAUCAGUUUUUUUUUUGGAAAAUUUGUCCAUAAUUUGUUCUCGUACUGUCACCAUGUAGAAUUAUUGGCCAGCAAGCUGUCCGAAAUCCAUUUUGACGUAGGUUUGAUCUUCAAAACCUUUCCGAGCUCGUGUUUUGAUGACGAAGCUUUGCUUCAACGUUCUGUUUUUUUGCUUGCUGGCUCAAUAAGAACAAUACCUUGCUCGCAAAUGAAUUCCUCGAAGGUACUACGAACAGCAGCGCAUUUGUGUGCGAUUUCCGUAUCUGAUAGUCCAGGGUUUGCUUUGAUGGUUCUCAACACCAUGUGGUUUAGCCUGCGAUCAUAUGUCCUACAACGACGCUUACUUUGAGGAACUUGAUACUCGCUUUUCCGCUCACUGAAACGUUUGAGCACAUCAUACACGAUUGAUUUGGCGGUUUUCAUCGUUCUCUCCGUUCAGCUUCCAGCUGGAAUAACUUUUGACUCACUGUGCGAAACACCGUAAAUUUUUUAGCACAGAAAGUGGGCGCCAAGGUAAAAAAGCCGCUGUAAAAAAAUUCUUGCAGCGGUCACUUUUCGUCCCAACGAAAACACAAUAAGUGAUUCCGGGUUCUAACAGGACAGAACUUUAGGCACUUUCUCGAAACUUGAUACCUGUUCUACCGAAUAAAUUAUGCUGAAACUAACUUCAGAGUUAUUAGUGAAUGCUGUUUGUUUGUUUAGAUACAUAUAAUAAACGUUUUUCUUAAAUUUUUAGUAAAUAUUUAGAUAUAAAAAAGAAUAGAAUUAUAGAUAUCAAUAUUUGGGUAUGUUCCAAGAAUCUGUUAAAAAUUUCAAGUCGAAAAUUAUGGAUCCGGAUAAGUCCCAAAAAAUACUUAUUACUUAAUCCAUUGACUUCUAGCUUUUUAAUUAUGGUAUUAUUUUCACGUCAUUUUAUUGGUAUGUAAUCUUACCAAUUCCUAUCUUACUAUCAAAUUACACUAUCGUCGUGAACUUUUCAAACCAACGUCAUCACAUCGAGACGCCGCCGUCGUUCUCACGCCGAUGUUGAAAUCUUAGAUCGUUGGGUUUCGGUUUAGCGGUUGGCUGAUACUCACAUUUUUCUUCUAGCUCGGGAAAACCACUUCAGAAACCAUUGAAAAAUCCAUCCGGCUAUGUUUUCCGUUCCACUCGAGAGAGUAAAGUGUCAUCGUGCAUGUAGUAACUGCACUGUGUGAAAGAGACAUUCAAGAAGCUCACGAUGAAGCUAACUAAAAUGCAUCAAAUACGUGAUAAAUGAACUUUUUAGACAAUUCUUUUCAACCUUCCUGCAAACCACGAUUACUGUUUGAAGUAACUAGUUCAUCAAGGUACAGUUGUUCGAGUUUUAACGUUCAUUUACGUUUGUUUGUGUGGCUACAAAGGGGUUAAGGGGAUAGAAUAUUAAAUAAGCGAAGUACGGCGAGGAGCGUCGACCUUAAGUUCAUCUUUUGAGAAAACAUUGAUUUAGGACACGCUUUGCCUUCCGCCCUCAACCAACACCGGCUCUGUUGUCGGAUUUCCAGUACUCGAUCAAUUGAGCACAAAAUACGAGCGACAGAAAAAUGUUUGCCAGGUGAAUGACAAGGCCCGACCCUCCCCAAACUGGUGUUUGGUAAUGUUUACCUAUUUACAAGCGCUAACAAGUUUCCGGUACAUGUUUGUUUAUUGACAGUCACCUUACGGGGUCGCACGUGUAGGUAGGCUACAAUGUUAAUAUUUAGGAAUCGAGAUCAAACUCGAGUAGUAUAAAAACAUUGAGAUGAAGUCGAGAUAAAAACAAAAUCUACAAAAACUGUGUUCAAUACAGGCUACCGGAGUUGAUGAGUGUUACUGUAGAUAAUAAUCGAUUCUGCGCUUCAGGCUUGUGUGUGUGUUCUAUCAGAUUCAAGUGGCUGACUCGAAUCUAGUCGAUAUCAAUCAAAGUGAAAGAGUGAAUAGGUAAGCACAUUUUAGAAAUUGAAUAGAAAUUGUAUCCUUUCUUCGUCAACAAGAUGUAAAAUCUCAACCUGAACCGCCAUGUAGAGCAAUCAAGCAAUCAAACCAUGCACCAUCCCUCGUGAGUUGUGACAAGGACCUGUAAAAGUGACGUCAAAUCACUACACUGUUACCCAAAAGUGGAAUGAGUUUGUACAUAGCCCUUGAAAAACAUUUCGUUUAGUUGUCAAAGGUUGUAGAGCAAAGCCAUUGGGAAGGGUCAGUAUCCUACAGUAUAGGUAGUAAUAGUAGUAGUUGUAGUAGCAGUAGCAGUAGUAGCAACAGUAGAACUAAUAGUAAUAGUCGUAGUAGUCAAGUACCAAAUACUCAGAACACGGCAAACAGAAACCCAAGUCGAACUCGUUGAAUGUAGCAAUAAAUAGUUGUUAUAUCGGACAAUUGUUAUUAGUUAAGGUACGGUAGCAAAUGACGAAUGAAUAAGGAUCAACUAAAAAGAAUAUGAAAUCUAACAAAAUCUUUGUCACAAGCAGUGCUAAUAGAUUUGUUUUGUUAUUUUAGUAACGAAGGGGAUUAAGAAAUGAAAAGAACCAUUCGUCGAAUCAUUCUUCAGUGAAAUAAAUGGGAGGAUUAUCUAAACUGCUGCGUUCUACAGGACCAUGUUUUGUGCGUUUUUUUUUUUGUUUUUAAUGAUCUGAUGUUUUAGUUAAAUGAUUGAUAAAUGAACUGGAAAUGACAGCGCAUUUGCUGUUUUUAAAAUCAAUUACCGUUGACAAUGACAAAGAUUGAAACACAUUAACAUAUCAAUAAACAUUCUAUUUAUCUUUAUUAACUGGCACAUAGCCGAAAAAUUCUUUUACCGGUAGCGACAUCUGAUGAUGAUUACAACUAAUUUUUCUAGUGUGAACUCCGAUCAAACAUGGAAAAUCAUCAGAAAUGUGUUAAAUUGGAUUAGUUAAGUUUUUUUACGGACGAACAUUUUUCAAUCAGAAACCAUUGUAAUGUAGUCAUUUCGACUACUGUACUACUGCUUAGCGAUCGAGUACCAUUUAUUUUGGAUACUUUACUUGUUAUUCCCGGGCAUUUGAAAAAUGAUAUUGGACCAAGUAUAGGGUAAAGUGUUAUAAUAAGCCCGCCUUACGGAAACAUUGAGAUAUUUCUAAAUGUACUGAUAUAUUUUCUUCGAGAAUGUAAGUAUUUCUUUGCAAUACGCCUUAGGUACAUAAUUUUCAAUGAUUUCGGAAGAAGUGAUGAGAAUUGAUUGAUACAAACACAUUUUCCAAAACGACCACAUUCUCAGUUUUUUCGCUUGCCGUUGGCAUAAUGCCCUAGCAACCGUAUAAUAUGCCUCACAACAAAUCAGUGGUAUGGCCCACAACAAUGAUGCAAUAUGCCCCUUGAAAUAUCGAUAUAGAAGAAAAGCAGAUAAAGAAGAUAUUAUUUGCAUCAAAAAAUCAGUUUCAUAAUUAAUAAUAAUCUAUAAAUCUUUAAAACAAUAUUUUAACUCGAAGCAUACUGAAGAAGGUGGGGCACAAUGUCCGUAGAAUGGCUGUCAUGAGAAAAUUCGUAUAUCAAAGAAAUGGAUUAUUGUACUGUAAAUGGAAACAGUAGCACUACUAAAAUUUAAUUAUUAUGUAAUAACCGACCAUUAUUUUACACGGUUAAAAUGAUUGUUUAGUCGAAGCAAAACCAUACAUCGGAAACCUGCCUAAUCAUAUUUUCAGUUUUUUCAUAUCUUACAGCAAACGACAAUUGCCAAACUUGCAUAGCAGAGAGAUCUUACGAAAAGAUAGUGUUUGUGAUAGAACUUUUGUUUAGAAAAGUCUUGCGUUUUGGCCAGCAGAGGUGCUUUAUAAUACUUUCCACUAAUGCUCUAUUCUUAAAAAACAUUAGUUUUCGCACAAUGAAUAAAGAUUGACAUAAUCACCUCAGAGUAAAACCUUUUUUUUCCACUUUCAAUAUGAUUUUUCAAAUAAAUUUUCCAGUUUUUAUCGGGAAUCUUUAAAAACCUGAAACAAUUCAAAACUUUACUACCGAUUUGACAGCUCUUGCUGAAAGUAUCAUCUCUAAUUGAGCUACGCCACUGCCUUUCAUUUCAUGUGCCUCUAAUUUCAGCAUAAACCGAGAGGUGCAGCGAACGAAAAUCAGUCCGAUUUAGGAGUAGAUGGGGUAAAACCUACCCCUUAAGGAAAUGUAGCUAUAUCUUAACUAUAGAGAAUAACACGGAAAAGUUUCAUGCAUGACUAUCUUCAAUAAUAAUUUUUUCUCAAAAUUACAUACAAACACUCACUGAAUACAUUGAAAAAUACAUGAAAUAUCUUAUUUUACAAAACCCUUAAAAAUUUUUUAUUGAAAUAUAUGCGGGGCAUGACGCCCGAUCGUGGAAAUAGCUAGCAAAAUUGAAAUCAAAGUAUACGAAAUUUCAAAAAUGGUUAUUUAUUAUUUGAGAAUAAUUGAAACUUCGGGUCAAUAAACAUCCGAAGCGUUCAUUAGAAAUCUUGAGAUAAAUUUGCAAAUGUGGCAUCGCUGGUUUGCGUAUACUGAGCUUUUUUGCCCCCCAAAUAUUUUUGAAACGUUGCCAGAUAUACCGUCUUGGAUUGUCAAACCGAUGAAUCCAUAAAACUUUCACAUAUACCGAUUUUUAAAUAUAAUUCAAUUCGAUUGAGCUGUUUGCACUUGAAAGCUUCGAUUUUUUUUUAUUCAAUAGUAUAAUAUAUAUUUUUAGGCACACUGCUUAAGCUCUAAGAUGCCAAGGGUAUUUCCUAAUCUUAAUUAACGACUAACUUAAAACUAGAAUAGUAUCAUUAGAUUAUGUCGUCUAGAAUUUUUGGAAAAAGCUUUUAGCUGGCGUUCGGCAGUGGUCGGUGAAUUGAAUAUUGCAUGACUUCCAGUUGGUGCUAUCUAUGGCCGCUUCCUUUCAGUUCGUGUGGGUCCGCGGGAAACACCCCCAGGCUACGAAGGCCCGGCGGGUGGCCCGCAUGCUGGUCAUCGACUGGAGCGUAGGACCGUAGGCGGUGAUGGUGAUGUUACGAAGAGAUGAAAAAAUAAAAAAAGUAAAUAUUGUGGAAACCGAGGUAAAUAGGGGGUAUGGAAACAAAAUGUCUGAAAACUACAGAGAUCUAAUUAGUUGCCAUCGAGAUGGUGAAGAGACGGGGGAAGGGGGAACGAAAAGUUAGUGACAAAAAAAGAUCUUGUUAGUUCCAAUGAAGAUGGUGGACAGGGACGGUGAUCGAGAGAAUCGGGCGGAUGUUAGUGUCAAACCUGUAGGUGGAGAUUAUACUUUCUGAGCGAGGUAUAACAGAUUACACUUGGAUAUUAAUGUGUUUGAGGUACUGGUAUAUAAGAAGCAUAUAAGAGAUAUCCCGACUAGCCAACACAUCUCGGACCGGAACUUCAGGUGGUCUACCUCGGGCCCUUAGGGAGUCCUUUAAUAAAGACCUGGCGUCACGAUACUCCGUACACGUCCAUACGACAUGCUCGAUGUCCUGAUAACCGUCACCACAAGCGCAGAGACCGCUCUCCACGAUUCCAAUACGCCGGAGAUGCGCGUUGAAUGUGUAAUGGUUUGACAUGAGCCGAGACAUCACACGAAUGAAGUCACGACUCACGUUCAUCCCCCUGAACCAAGGUUUCGUCGAUACCCUAGGGAUAAUGGAAUGCAGCCAUCGUCCCAGUUCGCCAUUGCUCCAUGAAGUUUGCCAACUUUCGAGAGUUUUCUGACGAGAGAUACUGAAAAAUUCAUUGAAGCAGAUUGGUCUUUCGUAAAUAUCACCUUCUAAUGCGCCCACCUUAGCCAAUGAGUCUGCCUUUUCAUUGCCCGGAAUGGAACAAUGCGAAGGGACCCAGACUAACGAUAUUAAAUAAGACCGUUCAGAUAAAGUUCGCAAGUGUUCCCGUAUUUUCCCCAGGAAAUAUGGGGGAUACUUUCCUGGCUUCAUUGCGCGGAGAGCUUCUAUUGAACUUAGACUGUCCGUGACAAUGAAGUAAUGGUCUUUGGGCAAGGUUUCAAUGAUCUCAAGGGUGUACUGAAAAGCAGCUAAUUCUGCGACGUAGACUGAAGCCGGAUCACUGAGCUUGUACGAAGCGGUGAUGUUCUGAUUGAAGAUUCCGAAGCCUGUGGACCUGUUGAUGUUUGAUCCGUCAGUGUAAAACAUCUUUUCACAGUUGACUGUUCUGAAUUUAUUAUAAAAAAUAUUUGGGGCCACUUGAGGGCGUACGUGAUCCGGGAUUCCACGAAUUUCUUCUCUCAUGGAUGUGUCGAAAAACACAGUCGAAUCAGAAGUAUCCAAGAAAUGAGCACGGUUGAAAACAAACGAAGAAGGAUUAAUAUUCUGAGCCAUGUAAUCAAAAUACAAGGACAUAAAACGGGUCUGAGAAUUAAGCUCGAUAAGCCUUUCGAAGUUUUCAAUCACCAUUGGAUUCAAGAUAUCGCAUCGGAUUAGCAAUCGAUAUGAGAGAUCCCAGAAUCGAUUUUUCAACGGUAGGACGCCCGCGAGCACUUCGAGACUCAUCGUAUGAGUCGACUGCAUGCAACCUAAGGCAAUACGCAAACAACGAUACUGAAUUCUUUCCAGUUUAAUGAAAUGGGUGUUCGCUGCGGAUCGGAAGCAGAAGCAUCCAUAUUCCAUUACGGACAAUAUCGUUGUUUGGUACAGCCUGAUCAGAUCUCCUGGGUGGGCACCCCACCAAGUUCCGGUUAUUGUGCGAAGAAAAUUGAUUCUCUGCUGGCAUUUUUGUUUCAGAUACCUAAUGUGACAUCCCCAGGUGCCUUUGGAGUCGAACCAGACCCCGAGAUAUUUAAAUGUGAAGACCUGAGCUAUGGUUUCACCCCCUAGUUGAAGCUGUAAUUGUGCUGGUUCUCGCUUCCUUGAAAAUACAACCAGCUCAGUUUUCUCCGUAGAGAACUCGAUACCCAUUUGAAGAGCCCAUGUGGAUAAGUUGUCGAGAGUAUCUUGUAACGGUCCUUGCAGAUCUCCAGCUUUGGGUCCUAUAAUGGACACAACGCUGUCAUCGGCAAGUUGUCUUAGCGUGCAAGAUGUGUUGAUACAUUCAUCGAUAUCAUUUACGUAAAAAUUGUAUAAAAGGGGGCUUAAGCAUGAGCCCUGAGGAAGACCCAUGUAACUGAAUCGUAUUGUCGACAAAUCACCAUGUGCAAAAUACAUGUGUUUCUCGGACAAUAGAUUAUAUAAAAAGGUGUUCAAAACCGGCGAAAGACCAUGCUGGUGCAGCUUCUUAGAUAGGAUAUUUAUAGAAACUGAAUCAAAAGCCCCCUUGAUAUCUAGAAAUACUGAUGCCAUUUGUUCUUUACGAGCAAAUGCCAUUUGAAUUUCUGUUGAGAGCAACGCAAGACAAUCGUUCGUUCCUUUACCCCUGCGGAAGCCGAAUUGUGUAUCUGAAGGUAAACCAUUAGUCUCGACCCAAUUGUCUAGACGGAAGAGAAUCAUUUUUUCGAACAACUUCCGGAUACAGGAAAGCAUAGCAAUCGGCCGAUACGAAUUGUGAUCGGAAGCUGGUUUCCCAGGUUUUUGAAUGGCGAUAACUCUCACUUGUCUCCAGUCGUGUGGAACAAUAUUACCCUUGAGGAACUUGUUAAAUAAAUUCAGCAAGCGCCUUUUGGCAGAGUCAGGAAGAUUUUUCAACAAGUUGAAUUUAAUUCUGUCUAACCCCGGGGCUUUAUUGUUACACGACAAGAGCGCAAGUGAGAACUCUACCAUCGAAAACGGUGUUUCGUUUGUAUUCGAAGUCGCGGCGCGGGAUAUCUUCUGUUCCGGAACAGAAUCAGGACAUACUUUUUUAGCGAAAUCGAAUAUCCAGCGGUUAGAAUAUUCCUCGCUUUCGUUCGUUGUGUUUUGGUUGCGCAUUCGUCGGGCUGUGUUCCAAAGAGUGCUCAUCGAUGUUUCUUUUGUUAAUACGUCAACAAACCGUCGCCAGUAACCUAGUUUCUUUGCUUUAACUAAGUUCUUCAUUUGCUUAUCUAGUGCUGCGUAAUUUCUAUAAUUAUCAGGUGUUCCAUAUUUUCUGAACUUUUUGAAUGCUAAAGAUCUUUCCGCGUUCAGUGAUGAGCACUCUUUGUCCCACCACGGGUUGGGAGGACGAAUGUUGGUAUUCGCGCCGGGUACACGUUUCGUCUGAGCUUGAAUCGCAGUGUCGAGAAUCAAGCCAGCCAUAAACGUAUACUCUUCCUCCGGAGGAAGUUCUUGUGUUGUUUCUAGUUUCUCAGAUAUCGAUAUUGCGUAGCAUUUCCAAUCAAUAUUUCGUGUGAGAUCAUACAAAGCAUUGAUGGUUUCCGAUGGUUUUAAUCCGCUGGCGAUUGAAAUUACGAUAGGCAGAUGAUCGCUACCGUGGGGAUCAGGGAUUACCUUCCACGUGCAAUCCAACCGUAGCGAUGUCGAGCAAAGGGAUAAGUCCAGCGCACUUGGUCUUGCUGGUGGUGCGGGAAUUCGUGUCAUUUCUCCCGUAUUCAAGAUUGUCAUAUUGAAGUUGUCGCAAAUAUCAUGGAUCAUAGCUGAUCUGUUAUCAUCAUGAAGACAACCCCAUCCCGUACCGUGAGAGUUAAAGUCUCCUAAAACUAACGUCGGUGCGGGAAGAAGUUGCAUGAUACUGCUGAGCCAGUGAACUGAGGCUCUAGGGGGAAUAUAGAUGGAAGCAAUACAAAGGUCCUUGCCUUUAAUUGUGACAUGACAUGCGACAACUUCAAUACCUGAUAUCGAGGGGAGGUUAAUUCGAAAGAAGGAAUAGCACUUUUUUAUCCCCAAAAGUACUCCUCCGUAGGGAUUAUCUCGAUCCAGGCGAAUAUAGUUAAAAUCGUGGAAGUUUAGUGAUACAUCAGAUAUUAACCAAGUUUCGCACAAUGCAAAUGCGUCACAUUUCAGAUUAUUUACUAAGUAUUUAAAAGGAUCUAUUUUCGGGAUGAUACUUCUACAGUUCCACUGUAAAACAGUGAUCGAAUCCUUGACCUCGUUCGAAAAAUUAGCCAUCGAAGGAAACGAUUGCUGAGAGGAGGGGCCAUUUUGCAGUCAGCUGCAUCAAAAACAUUUUAACUUUUGGCAGGAAAGUCAUCAAAAUACCUUUUAGGGGGUCAGAAAUGUUGAAGACGGAAAAUAUAAAGUCCACAAUGUCACUGAAUUUUACAAGUCCAGCACUUGAUGUGUUUUCUGGUUCCUUGGGGACUUUCGGGGUUUUGGGUGUCCCCGGAAGUGUUGGGUAUUCUUUCUCCGAUUUCAAGUCUCCGGAACUAGGAGCUUUUGGCUUCUUCUUUUCGUUUUUUUUACCAACACUUCCUUCUGCUGUUACUUUUGGAGGGCCUUCAAGAGAUAUCUUCGAACCCUUUCUAGGGAGUUUAGGAGAUGAUAUAUUUUUCCUCUUCCUAAAACUACGAGGGACAGUUGAAGAUGUACCUUCUUGAGGAUCGUCAGAGUCGCAAUCGUCCGCAGACAAACAGGUGUAGGGGUUCUGUUCAGGUGGUGUGGCGAUUUUCAGCAUUUCUGCGAACGAGCGGUUUGAUCGUUGCUUGAGAGAUCGUUUCAAAUGAUCUCCACGCAAUUUAUACGCUGAACAUGCUGUGAGGUCAUGCGGGGCCGCCCCACAGUAAAGACACUUUUCAAUGUCUCUGUCGCAAACGCCAUCCGCAUGACUCUCUCCACACUUCGAGCAGCGGGGCCGAUUUCCACAAUGGGAAGCUGUGUGUCCUAGUUGUUGACAACUAGUGCAAUUCAUUACCCGUGGUACGAAAAGUCGUACAGGUAGACGAACCCUGGCCAGGAGAACGAAUUUCGGCAAAGCCGAGCCGGAGAAGGUCACCCGAUACGAGUCCGAGACUUUGUCCCAUCCGCGGCGAUCGAUACUGAAUGCAAACGUUUGCAGUCCAGUAUCUUGACAUUCUUAAGCAAGGGAUCUUUAAAACAUCCGACCCCAUGUUUGAGAAUGUCCUCGCAUGUCAGACUUGGAUCCGUGAUCACUCCGUCUAUCUCGACUUCGCGAGCUGGUAUAUAAACGCGGUAGUCCCGCGUAAAGUGAUCGUUUCGAGCGAUCUCAUUAGCAUGUUUCAGACUGGUCAACGAGACCCUGAGCUUAUCGGGACGAAUUUUUGAGAUAAAUUUCAAUGUUGGAUAUUUCGUCGCCAAGUCAUCAGAUAUUUUCAAAAUAUUAAGCGGUUUAUUCUUCUCUUUGGUCCGAAAAUAAACCACAUAAAGGCCGGCCGAGGGUGAAGGCUCUUCGGGAUACUGUUCAACCCGGUGAGUCUUACUAUUUGGAGCAGAUUUAGAAUCUGUUUCCAUUUUAUCUUCGGGGGGCAGGGUAGAAUUUAAUGGACUUGCCAUAGCGCGGUUGAGGUUCCGCGCGAAUUAUAGGUAGAGUCAAAAUAUAAGACGAUAAAGGGACACGAAGGAAAAAAAUAUAAUACUAAGCUAAUGAUCCGUAGCAACUCGGCCGCUGAGGCCAAGCGUUAGUUACAACGGCCUCUGAGAAUUAAUAUGCACACAGCACCGGUUCACGGCACCACACUAAACGUCCGUUCACUGUUCGUAUUGUUUUAAUACAAUAGCACCCGGCACUGUCUAACUGUAUUUAUUGUUUAUACUGUAUUAAUCUACUGCACAAGCUCGCGAAUACAAAAGAUUUGAUAUUAAAUGACCUUGAAACGGAUUAGAAUGGAUUAACGCACAGCUGCUCUAAUGCAAACUACCAUCCGAUCGAUACGACGGUCACGAAAGGAAUGAAAGCUUCGAUGACCAGACUUUGUUCAUAUCUUGUUUUAAUACGGCAGCACAAAAACAAAAGAAACAAAUGGAAGAAAUAUUUGCUGUUAGAUGUUGGAUGUUAGAUGUCGUCAACCAUAGCAACUAAACUCUAUAUUAACUUGAAAUAUCCGCUUUCUUGCUGCUUAAAAGAACGCGAGGAGCUUCAGUUCCUUUUGAACUUUUUCACUUCAUAGAAACUGAAUAAUGUUUUUCAGAAGCUACUUAGAAGUUCGUUCGUUUUCAUUGCACAAACUUUCGAGUGUGGAUAAUUACUUGAAACAACGGGCUGCUCAGAAUAUGAACAUAUUUUAUCCCUUAUAUACGAGGUGUUAGCCUUGCAAGUGAGUGAAGAGUCCAGAAUAACACCAAAGUCUUUUGCAUGAAAAUCUCUUGGGAUAAGCGAAUCGAACAAAUGGUAGUCGAACUGGAUCGGAACGUGACUAUUGGCUAUUUAUUGGGAUUAAGAUUUAUUCUGUUUAGAUUGCAUUAUGUACAAAAAUUAGCCAAUAGCUUCAUCGGGAAAUGAAAGACGUGAUCUCUUCAUAAUAAUAUUAUCGAUGAAAUACGGAAGAAAAAUGAGUGGACCAAGAUGAAUUCCUUGGGAAAUACACGAUGGAGCACGAAGCGGUAGUAUUUGUUAUGACAGCUCAUUGAUAUCUGUCCACAAAAUACGAACUGAAUCAGUGCAGUGGGUGUCCUUUGCUGUAUCAAGAAUACGUCUCAGUCCAUGACUGCUCGUCGCCAGCCAUUUGAGGCACGGACGCUUCUGAGAUCACCCUCCACUUGAUCGAUCCACCUUGUUUGCUGCGCUCCUCUUCUUCUUGUACUAGUCGGAUUAGAUUCAAGAACCAUUUUCACUGGGCUGUCGUCCGACAUCCCAGUCCAUCGUAGACGUCCAAUUUUAGCUGUUCGUAUGAUGGGUGGUGCUCCUAGCAGUUGUUGCAAUUCGUGAUUCAUACGCCGUCUCCACGUUCCGUCUUCCAUCUGCACUCCGCCAUAGAUAGUCCUCAGUACCUUUCUUUCGAAAACACUGACGGCGCGUUGGUCCUCUGCCACCAUAGUCCAGGUCUCGUGGCCAUAGAGAACAACCGGUCUAAUGAGCGUUUUGUAGAUGGUCAAUUUCGUGCGGUGGCGUACUUUUCUCGAUCGAAGGGUUUUUCUGAGUCCAAAGUACGAUUCCCUGCCAAAAUACGUCUCUGAAUUUCUCUGCUGGUGUCAUUAUCGGCGGUCACCACGUUGUACGUUGUAUUCACGACACUUCUGGAGUUCUUGUCUUAUCGCGAAUAUGCGAUCCGUAGUGGCGCGGGCUUCAGUAAAUCCCGCUUGAUACGGCCCUACGAAUUCCUUAGCUAUUAGUGACAGACGACGGCAAAGGAUUUGGGAGAGUACCUUGUAGGCGGCGUUCAGCAAUGUGAUUGCGCGGUAAUUGCAACAAUCUAGCUUAUCGCCCUUUUUGUAGAUGGAACAUACCACGCCAUCCAUCCAUUCCUGCGGUAGAAUCUUCUCCUCUCAAAUCUUAGAAAUCAUCCAGUGCAGCGCUCUAGCCAGUGCCUCUCCUCCAUGUUUGAGCAGCUCGCCUGGCAACUGGUCAUUGCUGCGGCUUUUCUGUUCCUCAGCUUGCCGAUCUCCUCACUUAUCUCCGACAGAUCAGGGGCUGGGAAUCUGUCGUCGGCUGAGCGUGCACCCAGAUUGAUUCCUGUACCGUUCUCUGUAUCUUGUGCUUCGCCACUCAGAUGCUCGUCAUAGUACUGCUUCCACCUGUCGAUCACCUAACGUUCGUUCAUGAGAAGGUUACCACUGGUAUUUCUGCACAUUUCUAUAUCGUUCCUCGUUCGCUCUCGUGCGGUGUUGCAGCAUUCUCGUCCUUACUGCAGUCUUCUUUUCGACCAACAGUUGACAUUCGCCGUCAAAUCAGUCAUUUCCUCGAUUCGAUAGCCUCGUACCUAGCACGGUUGCGGCAGUGCUACUCACGGCGGACCUUAUGUUCCUCCAGCCAUCUUCAAGUGUCGCCGCGCCAAGCUGCUCUUCCGUUGGUAGCACUAGUUCCAAUUGUUGCGCGUAUUCCUCUGAAGUACGAACGCUACGUAGCUGCUCGAGAGUAAGUCCCGGCGGUCCUGUGCGACGAGUAUUGUGCACCGUCGAUAGUUUUUAGCGCAUACAAACCGCGACAAGGUAGUGGUCAGAAUCAAUAUUGGCACUGCGGUAAAUGCGGACAUUGAUGACGUCGGAGAACAAUCGCCCUUCGAUGAGAACGUGGUCGAUUAGAUUUUUCGUAGGUUGAUCAGGUGAUCUCCAUGUGGCUUUGUGGAUAUCUUUACGGGGGAAGAAGGUGCUUCGAACUACCAUUUCUCGGGAGGCUGCAAAGUUUACGCAUCGUUGGCCGCUGUCGUUUGUUACCGCGUGCAGGUUCUCCAGCCCGAUCACGGGCCCGUACAUUGCCUCCCGGCCUACCUGAGCAUUCAUGUCGCCGAUGACGAGUUUUACAUCCCGCCGUGGACAGCUGUCGUAGGUUCGUUCCAACUACGCGUAAAAUGCUUCCUUCUCGUCAUCGGGUCUCGUCUCAUGUAGGCAGUGCACGUUGAUGAUGCCGUAAUUGAAGAAAAGGCCCUUGAUCUUCAAUACGCACAUCCUAUCACUGAUUGGUUGCCACCCAAUCACGCGCUGGCGCAUCUUGCCCAACACUACAAAUCCAGUUCUUAUAACGUUGGUUGUGCCACAGCUCUGAUAGAAGGUAGCCGCUCGAUGUCCACUUUUCCACACCUUCUGUCCCGUCCAACAAAGUUCCUGCAGUGCUACGACAUCGAAGUCGCGGAUUUGAAGCUCAUCAUGCAGCAUUCGGUCGUAUCCUGGGAAGCCAAGCGAUUUGCAGUUCCAUGUGUCAAGCUUCCAAUCGAAGUCCUUUGUUCGUUGCGUAGGUCUUUGCCGAUUAUUCCGAUUUGUGCUUAACAUGUGUCUUCCGGGCGGCUUGUUAGGCCUGCACCAACCUCCUGUCUCGCCGGAGAGCCAUCGUGUCAGCACUGUUUAGAGUCCCACACUGACACAAGGACGGUAAUUAGCCGCUCCUAACAUGGAGAACAGACGCUGUUUCGAGCCACUCCAACAUGGGGAAUAGUCGUUUAUCAACCAUAAUUUACUGUAAGGUCUAUGAAAAAUGUUGAAAAUUUUGAAAUUGCGUUCGAUUGAAUGAUUCGACUAAUUGGUUCAACAGGUUUCUAUAUGUUCAUAUUGUAAAUCAACAACAAUGAUUGAGUACAACAAACGCUUCAUAAUGUCCCAUUUAUAACGUGGCAGCCUGACAUGCAAAUCAUUAGAAUGAAAUAGUUUUUAAGAAGGUAUAUUUUGUUUAACGGUUAGAAGAUUUAUCCUUGCAGUAAAUUAUACGCCAUAGACCAAUAUAACAUUAUCAUUACCAAUGCCAGUAUCAAAGCAUGAUUCACUAAAUCGCGAAGUCACGAUCAAUCUCUUGAAAUCCUGAUAAUGUAAAACCAAACAGCCAGGAAUUAGACAAAUGAAUUAGAACAUCAUUUUAUACAGUGCGAACCCUUUGUACAAAUCUAUUGUGAUACCAAAACUGUAGUCUGGUUACUAAAUGUUUUACGUUCGAAUUGUUUUUGUUUGCUAUCCCGCUAAACAAUAGUUUUCUACUGCAACAAAAGUUACUAGGAAUUCGUCGUAGAUUUCGAAAACGGGUGUGCAAAAUCAGUUGAGAAAGAUAAUAAAGACUGUCAAUAAAUGGA